CAUAGCGUUCUCUCGAAGCUCUGUAAAUUAUGGCUGCACCUUCCAGUAAAUCCCUCAAGAGAAAACACCAAAAACCAAACGGAAACCCAGAGAUGUCGCUAAAACUCCUGAUUUGAUUUCUCAAGUUGAAGACGAUGAUGUUCCUGAUUUCCCCCGUGGUAAGAUUUUAUCAGUACAUAUGUUUGUAAUUACAAAUGUUUUACAUAAUUGAACUGUGUUUGUAGGAGGAGGAAGUACUCUCAGUAAGCAGAAAAAGAAUACAGCUGAAGAUGAUGAUUUGGGUUCUCUUUUUGGUGAUGGCAUUGCUGGGAAAUCACCUUGAAGAAACGCAAGAGAGAUAAAUUUAUGGAGACUUCCAGUUCGAGAAGGGCUAAGAAAAUGUCCAAUUGCAGUGACCUUACGUUAAACCAAGAUCCCGGGGUAGACACCGCCAGUGAUGUUGACUUUGAUGGUUCUCAAAUGCUGCAAGGGAACGACAUUCCUGGCAACCUUUUUGUAGAUGAAGAUUGCACAAAUGAAGAAUACUCAGUUACUGUAGGAGCAGAGUCAGGGGCAUCUUCUUUUCCACUAAAGAUUACUCUUGAAGCUGUAGAUGACUCUAGAUUAGAUAAUAUUGUAAAUGGAAUCAUGGAGCAUGUUAAUGAGGAAGACCCCAAAGCGGAGAAAAACAAGAGGCCUGUGAAGAAUAAAGCGAAGGAAGAUUGGGAACUUCAAGUUAGUGCGGCAGAGCAAAGACUACUUGAGAAAGACAUACCUAGGACUGCUGAUGCAUUUGAGAAAUUUGUGAGAAGCUCACCUAAUAGUAGCUUUGUCUGGAUAAAGUACAUGGCCUUUCUGGUUUUUCUGUCUGACAUUGGAAAAGCCCGCCCAAUUGCUGAAAGAGCUUUGAGAACGAUAAACUCCCGAGAAGAGAAUGAAAAGUUGAAUGUUUGGGUGGCCUUUAUUAAUCUGGAAAACGAAUAUGGUAAUCCUCGUGAGGAGGCUGUGACAAAUACCUUUCAAAGAGCUCUGCAGUAUUGUGAUCCUAAAAAGGUUCAUUUGGCAUUGUUAGCGAUGUAUGAAAGGACUGGACAGCAUAAAUUAGCAAAUGACCUUCUUGAACAAAUGUCUAAGAAGUUCAAACACUCCUGCAAGGCGUGGUUAAGGCGAGUAAAAAACAUACUUAAGCAAGGAAAGGAUGGAAUCCAAGAAAUAGUCAAGCGUGCACUUCUUUGUAUCCCCCACCGUAAACAUAUUAAGUUCAUCUCUCAAAGUGCGAUUCUUGAGUUUAAGUGUGGUGUGCCGGAUAGAGGUCGAUCCAUGUUUGAGGGAAUGCUGCUAGAAUACCCCAAAAGAACAGACUUGUGGAGUGUCUAUCUAGAUCAAGAGAUUCGACUUGGGGAUGUGGAUCUGAUCCGUGCAUUGUUUGAGAGAGCAACAAGUUUAUGUCUUCCAGCCAGAAAGAUGAAGUUUUUAUUUAAGAAGUAUCUUGACUAUGAAAAAUCUUGUGGCGACGAAGAAAAGGUUGAAUAUGUGAAGGUGAAGGCUAUGGAAUUCGUGAAUAGUUCAGGGCCUUGAAGGGUUCUUAUCUGCAACCUUUUGGUAGUAAGUUUCAAAGAAUCACUGUUCAGAAGAAUUUGGAAUCCAAAUGCUGAUAAAGGUCAAGCAAGGAAAUUGUAAUCAUGAGCAUAUGUCAUUCACCAAGAGUUGAAAGGAAACUUUUGUUUUUCCCUUAAAAA